AUGGACGCGUCGGUGGUAACGCCGCCGCCGCCAAUUCCGUUCAAUGCAGGUCGAUCAGCACACCCUAUCCCGCCGCCGCUUUCGUUUGGAUUUGGGUGCGGUAGCUCAUUUGGCGGCAACGAUGCAUUGCAGGGGCUUGCCAGCCCUUUGCAGGCCGUAUCGAUGCCAUGGCGUGCAACACCGCCGUUGAUGCCGAGUGAUGCGUGGACAAAGAGCGGAGCAUUGAAACGCAGACUCAGCGGGUCUGACGUAGAGGAGCCCGAGGACGAGGAAAUGGCUGCCUCUCCGCUGUUGUCCAAGCGGCGACGCGCAGGACUCCGCGCGUUUACCGAUGCUUCUACCGAGUCGCAAGGGCGGAAUAGCUCCUGCGCGCGACGCCGGACGAGCGGCACUGAUUUGGGAAAGCUGCUAGGUACGUGUGCAUUCCUUCUCACCGUAGCUUCGCUUGACAAGCCCGCUCUGUUAUCCAUCCUCCAUGGACUUGUAUCUAAAAGCGACGAUGUCGCCGACACCAUUUAUACCCUGCUCCCGACACCGUCUUUGGACAGCGUCGCACACGCCCUCGACCAGACGGAGGCGAAAAUACGCGCGGCGCUGCCCACCGCGCAUGGACAACACGCACAAGUACGCGAUCAGUUUGCGUGGAUGCGGUUGCGUGGAUGCCUCGCCGAGCUAGCAUCCGAAGUGCGCAGCUUUCUUCCAUUUUUUUCCAUGCAGGAGCACACCCAUCCCGCGACCUGCUUUAGCUUUUUGCACCUCACGACGAUGCGCAUGCUUCGCAUCGCGCAGUUGCUCCCAGAUAUCGAGAGCGUGCACGCGCCCAAACCAGCCGACACGCUCGAGCGCAUUUUUGCCGCGCUCUUGCCGCCAAGCGCUCUUGCGCCCGACUCGCCCGAUACGCUGACGAAUACCAUUUUCCCUGCGCUCUUGAAAGCGUGGGAGGCCUGGCUGCGCUGCGUUAGCAACGCGGUGAACGAGCAUGGGCGGAUGUAUGGACACGAGGUCGUCACCCAGUGGGCGCGUGACUUGGCAUCGCUCUCUCUUGCCGGCGCACCGCAAGGCGAGUCGAUGUGCACGACCGAGCAUGCGCUGCGCCGAACGAUGGACCAUGCACGUGCACAGAUGCAUGCCGCGCUUGGGUGGAUGAUAGGGCCGACGCACCGGCACGCUUGGUUUGGAGCGCCAUCGCUUCCUUUGGAUGUAGGCAGUGCUUGA